UUCCCUGCAUGGAAAACUGAAGCGGAUCCAUGUGACCCGCCUAUCGGGAUCAGCAUCAGCGCUACACACCCAUGAGCUCUGACCGCAGCCACACCGAUCAUCACGGCGACCGGCUUCGCUCGCGGUAAAUACGGACGGAAGUGCAGUUUGAGGCCGUGUUCGGUCCGGUUCUGAUGACAUUGGUCGGGAUGUGGAGGCUGCAGUGACGGGAGAGACAGACAGAGAGAUCAGGGAAGAGGAAUCUCCCCUUCCCAAGAGUCCUUGUGUCUCUGGAUUACCUUUAGCUGAACGAGCAGACACAAAGGUACACACAGGCAGUACAUGAUCUUCUCUGGAACAAACUCCCACCCUGACCCCUCGCUUCAGUGACCUUCAGCAUCUUCACAGCCUCCCUGACCCGACCCGACCCGACCCGACCUACCAACCUCACAGCUCUCCUGUCUGUCCUGCCCCAUAGCUACCGUUACCAUGGCAGCAGCCAAGCCAAAAGGGCAGAACUCACUGGCUCUCCAUAAGGUGAUCAUGGUUGGGAGCGGCGGUGUGGGAAAGUCCGCUUUAACUUUGCAGUUCAUGUACGAUGAGUUUGUGGAAGACUACGAGCCCACGAAGGCUGACAGCUACAGGAAGAAGGUGGUUCUGGACGGCGAGGAGGUCCAGAUAGAUAUUCUGGACACAGCCGGUCAGGAGGAUUAUGCGGCUAUCCGAGAUAACUACUUCCGCAGCGGCGAGGGGUUCCUCUGCGUCUUCUCCAUCACCGAAUUAGAAUCUUUCGCAGCGACUGCUGAUUUCAGAGAGCAGAUUCUGCGGGUGAAGGAAGAUGAGAACGUCCCCUUCCUGUUGGUGGGAAAUAAGUCGGAUCUGGAGGACAGGAGACAGGUGAGCGCCGAUGAGGCCAAAGCCAGAGCGGAUCAGUGGGGCGUGUGCUACGUGGAGACGUCUGCUAAAACCCGCGCCAACGUAGACAAGGUUUUCUUUGACCUCAUGAGGGAAAUUCGGGCUAGGAAGAUGGAGGACAGCAAGGAAAAGAACGGAAAGAAGAAGAGAAAAAGUCUGGCCAAACGAAUCCGCGAAAGAUGUUGCAUUUUAUAGUGUCUGUGAUCAUUUACUCCUCUCCUUUUGCAUAUGUACCUGUAUGUUCUAUAUUUUUGCCAACUAAUCCUCAUCUGCGAUGUUUCCUGGUGUUUGUGUGUCCAAUUAGAUGAAGGACCAGGACAGUCUGGCACAGCUGAUUUCAUAGAUUCAUGCAGUCCAACUGGACUCUCUUAGUGUCAAAUCAGUAGUACUGUCCAGAGGCACAGGACGCUAUUGGUGUAAGUGGACUAGCAUAUGAACACUUCCUGUGCAAGAGAGCUUUUUUAUUUUUUUUUUUAUUCAGGUUUGUUAAUGAGUUCUCAGGCCACCUCACCUUUUUUUUUUUUUUUUUUUUUUUUUUUUUAAUAAACACAGUUCUACCUGGUUUUAACAUCAGUCUUGGGUGAUCCAAUCUCAAAUAGACAACACUAAACACAGGUGAAAAAGGUGUUUGAAAUGUCCUGUGAUUCAGUCACUUGGGGGCCAGUAAGAUUUUUAAUGUUUUUGAGUCUCUUCUGCUCACCAAGGUUGCAUUUAUUUGACCAAAAAUACAGUAAAAUUGUAAAAUAUGUUUACAAUCUAAAAUAGCUGUUUUCCGUGUAAAUAUAUGUUAAGAUUUAAUUUAUUUCUGUGAUGCGCAGCUGAAUUUUCAGCAUCAUUACUCCAGUCUUCAGUGUCACAUGAUCCUUCAGAAAUCAUUCUAAUGUGCUGAUUUGCUGCUCGACAAACAUUUAUGAUUAUUAGCAAUGUUGAAAACAGUUGUGCUGCUUAUUAUUUUUCUGGAAACUGUCAUGCAUUUUAUUUUUCAGGAUUAUCUGAUGCAUAGAAAGUUCAAAAGAACACCAUUUAUUGUAAACUUUUGUAAAAUUAUAAAUGUCUUUACUGUCACUUUUGAUCAAUUUAAUGCAUCCUUGCUGAAUAAAAGAAAAAAAAACCCUACUGAAUCUUACUAAAACAAAGGUUUUACAUGUAUGUUUGGAUCACCUGAAAAGGAUGGUAAAGCUGGUGUAAAGAAGUCUUCUUUAGCAGAGUCUCUGGGCUUAAAGCUAAAAUGAGUGUGUGAUUGUUACUACUGUAAUGUUGGAUGACUCCAUUUAUUUCAAUUACAAUUUACGCUUUAUUAACUUGAGGGGUCUUAAAACUAAAAACACAUUAGUGGAGCUAAUCAUCAGGCUUUAGAAAAAAAAAAAAUAGACAAGCUUUAUGGCAAAGUGAUGCAUUGUCAAAAAAAAACAUGCUGUCAAUUUUUAUGUUGGUUUGUGGCUAAGCAGUUAGUAUUUGUUAUGCAUAAAGUGCAGUACACUAACAAGCGAUGAGAUUUGUGUUACACCAGUAACCAGUUACAGUUCCUUUAAUUACUUAAAUAUUCCAAGCAACUUGUCAGAACCAGUGGGCGAACAGGAAGUUUAGUGUACUUGACUUCCUGCUGCCUUGAUGUCCAUUGUGAAUGUGACACUCACCCGUACUUACUGCGUCCACUCCCUUUAGUGUCUGACCAUUUCAGAAUCAGAGGCAGCUGGAAGAACAGGGCAGAGGAUUUGCAUCAGUUAUUGGAAGAUGACACAGCAUAUUAGAUGUGGCACAGCUUGUACGAAGACAAUCUUAUGCUUUUUAUGUGAUGUGAAAAUCCAAAACGUAUCAGUCUGGACUGCUCGUGCGCUCCUGCCCCACGGUUCCAGUCUUAACCAGAGAAAUGCAUUGUCAUUUUAAUGUAUAUCAAUCCAGUGACUGUUUUUUUUUUUGUUCAUUCAGCUUUUCUGCUUUUUUAUAUAUGUAUUGUUAAUGUGAAAGCUUAUUUCAGCCAUUUCAAAAAAAUAAAUUUUUCUAAUUUAAA